AUGUCCACGACAACACGUUGCCUGGAAGCUACUAAAACGAUGAUGGCAAAGGCAUUGAGUCUUGGCGAUGGACUGCAACCGCCAUUCCUCUGUGGUGCUGCUUUUCCUUGUUUUCCAAUGUCUUUGUUGGAGCGUCGUCUUCAGUUUUCCCACAUCGGGGUCAAACUGGGGAAACUCUACCAAAAACAAUUCCAAUUCUCUCUCACCGUGGGAAGACAUGUUGGGGAACCGGUUUUCCAAUCCUCUCACAACGUGGAGAGACGCUCUGAGUGGCAUGAACAUUCGAAGUAUGUCUCAUUUGUAAGCAAAUCUUCCACGAAAACUCCAUCUGCUUCAAAGAAAACGACUUCGAAGACUCCUUCGAGAAAAGUCACUCCAUCAAAUGUGACGUCGCAUCCUGCCCAAGCUCAUUCUAGCGAUCCUGUCCAUCAAGAGGAAAGUAGACCUCCAACAAAGGGACAGGUUGCUGUCGUCACAGCAGCGCCUACAAAACAUCAAGGAGUACGACCAUCAGACCAUUCAACUGCGGGCGCAAAACACUCAAAAGACCCCAUCACCCCCAAACAAGACGCUCAUUCAGAAGCAAAGCCUACGGUUGAUAUAACUCACCAUGACAGCAACACCCAACGACAUUCGGAAGCAAAUGCGGCGGAGGCUCAUACGGAUGGCUCCAAGAAAACCAAUGAAAACGAUCAAAAGCGCAUCACAGAGGCGGCGAAGCAUCAGCACAGCUCAGAAGGGGCCAAGAGUAAUGACCAUAAUACAACGAAGCGCGAUGAUGACAACCAUCCAUCAGCGAACCAUGGGUCGACCAAGCAUGGAGAGCAUACUGAGAAGCCCAGAGACCCCAGGACCCCUGAUGACGCCAGGGAAACUCACAAAGAUGAUCAUUCAAUCAGGCACACCACCAAAAAAAGCAAGCCCUCAGAAGAAUCCAAGAAAUUCCCCGAAGACCAUUCAACAGCGAAGCCUGCGCGUGAGCCGACUAAGCGGACAGACACCUCUGAAGAGCAUAAGAAUGACGGUCAUCCAACAUCAAGAGAUUCCUUGAAGCACACCAAGAAAAGCGAUAGCUCUGAAAUACCUAAACAUAGCAAUAACUCUGCAUCGAAGAGUCCCACCGAGUCCUUGAAGCAGACAGAUAGUCCGGAAGGAUCAAAAAAUGAUCAUCCAGCAACAAAGAAUCCAGUGGAGCCCACCAAGCAUAGCAAUAGCUCCGAUGGAUCCAAGCAUGACGAUGACCCUGCGACAAAGGACCCAAGUAAUUCUGUCAAGCAGACAGCCCAUUCAAAAGGACCUGGGAAUGACCACCCAGAAACAAAAAGUCCAGGGGAGCCCACCAAACAGAAGGAUAGCUCGGAUAAAUCAGAAAAGGACGACCACUCUGCCUCAAGGGACCCUAGUGACACUGUCAAACAAACAGCUGGCUCGAGAGAAUCUAAAAGUGACCACUUGGCAACAAAGGGUUCUCUUGAGCAUACCAAACGAAGCAAUACCUCUGAAAGGUCCCAACAUGACGAUCACUCUGCAACAGAACCCGUGAAGUCGCACCGCUCUGAGGGACCUAAGAAUGACAAUCGUCCGACAACAAAGCAUUCCAUGGAGCAAACCAAAAAGAGCGAUAGCUCUGAAAAAUCUAAAGAUGACAAACACUCUCCAACGAAGGACCCUACUGACUCUAUCAAGCAGACGGAUAGCUCUAGAGAAUCUAAGAAUGAUCAGUCGGCAACAAAAGGACAUAUUGAGCAAACCAAACGGGGCGAUAGCUCUGAAAGACCCGGACAUGACAAUCUUUUUGUAACAAAAGACCCUAAAAAUUCUAUUAAGCAGACAGACGGCUCUCACGUUAGCAAGAAUGGCGAUCAUUCUGACGACUCUGCAGCAAACAAAUCCGUCGACCCUACGAAGCCACGCGAUAGCUCUGGAAAAUCGGGAGAUGGUGAUCACCCUACAACAAAGGAUCCUGUUAGGCAUACCAAGCAAAGCGAUAGCUCUGGAAAGUCAAACCAUAGCGAUGACUCUGCAAAAAAAGAUCCCAGUGAGUCUCCCAAGGGAACAGAUAGCUCUAGAGGACCUAGGAGAGAUCGUUCGGUGACUGAAGUUCCUGCGGAUCACACCAAAAAGGGCGAUAGUUCUGGAAAUCCCAAGGACGGUGACCACUUGGCAACAGGGCAUCCAACUGAUUCUGGGAAACAGAAAGGGUCCUCAAAUGAGCCCAAAAAUGGUGAUAAUCCGACAGUAAAGGAUUCCGUGGAGCCUACAAAGCAGAGCGAUAGCUCUAACUCUGGAAAAUCCAAUGACAACUCCGCAACUGAAGAUCCUUCUGAGUCUAUGAAACGGACCGGCCAUUCUGAAGGGCCUGAUAAUGACGAGCACUCAGCGACAGAAGGUUUCACUGACCACGACAAACAAGGAGAUAGCUCAGGAAAAGCAAAACAUGACGACAGCUCCAUAACGAAGGACCCUUCUAAGUCUCCCGAACAAAAGCGUGCCUCCAAAGAAGAUAAGAAUGGUAAUUCAGUAACAAAGGAGCCCGUCGAACAUACCAAGAAAAGCGAUAGCUCUGAAGGAUCCAAAAAUGGCGUUAGCUCUGCAACGAAGGACCCUUCCGACUCCAAAGGGCAGACACACCGUCCUGAAGGUCCUAAGAAUGAUGAUCGUUCGGUCACAAAGGGAUCCGUUGAGCAUACCAAUGAUAGCGAUAGCUCUGAAAACACCAAACAUAAGGACGAUUCGGCAACUGAGGACCCAACCGACUCCAUAAAGCAGACAGACCGUUCUGAAGGGCCUAAUCAAGUCACGGAGGAUUCUGUUGAGCCUACUAAGCAAAGCUAUAGUUCUGAUGGACACUCCGGCAAUCACUCGGCAACGGAGGAUUCCGUCGCGCAUACUAAGCAGAGCGAUAGUUCUGAAAGAUCAAAACAUGUCGACGACUCUGCAACAGAGAACCCCACUGACUUUCCCAAGCAGUCACAUCCCUCUCAAGGGCCUAAAGUGGGCAAUCAUUCGGCAACAACGGGUUCACCUGAGCACACCAAGAAGAGCUUCGACUCGGAAAGGUCUACACAGGACGAGCGCUCUGCAACAAGGAAUCCUACUGAUUCUGGUAAGCAAACAGGUCGCUCCAAAGAAAGCAAAGAUGAUCACACAACACCGGAGCAUUCCGCUGAACCCACAAAACAGAAAGAUAGCUCUGGAAGUCCCAAGGAUGUUGACCACUCUGGAGCAAGGUCCACUGACCCCAUCAAACAAGAAAACAGCUCAAGAAGGCCUAGCGGAGAUGACCAUUCGGCAACAGCGGGUCCAGCUAAGCACACUAAGCAAAGUGAUAGCUCUGGAGUAUCCAAAGACGGUAACCACUCUGUAACAAAGAGCCCUACUGAGCUCUCCAAGCAAACAGGUGGCUCUGCAGGGUAUAAAAAUGGCCAGUCAACAAGGAGUCCUGUUGAGCACACAAAGCAAAGUGAUAGCUCUGGAAUAUCAGAACAUGGCGGUCACUCUGUAGCGAGGGCAUCUACUGAGGGCGUCAAGCAGACUCAAAGCUCUGGAGGUGUUGGAAAAGACGAUCGCUCGUCGACGAAGAGUUCUGUUGACCACACCAAGGAGAGCGAUAGCUCUGGAAAAUCUAAACAUGGCGAUUCUACAACAAAAAACACGACUGACUCGAUCAGACAGACAGGCCUAUCCAAAGGGCCUGAAAAUGGCAACCAUCCAACAACGAGGAGCUCGCUCGAAAACACCAAGUCUGGAAAUAGCCUUGAAGGAACUGAAGCUGUCAAGCACUCAACAGAAAGGGACACUGCUCAGUCCGACAAGCACGUAAACGAUUCUAGAGGAAGCACUGUUGCUGGUCAUUCACCAGCAGAGCACGGCACCAAAGCCACUGCCCAUUCAGGUGGUGCAGAAGACGAGCAUAACGACAGCUCCACAGCAAAGUACAACCAAACCAAAAGUACUCCGCGCAUUGACAAUUUCGAUAAGUGCAUGUUUACUAACUAUACGGUAAAGUCUACCACCGAAGUGAGAGAACAGUCGGAGAGCUCGGAAAGACGUACGAGUCGGGAUCAAUCAAGAACGACGACUUCUACUUCAUCGAAGAACGGAGGCAAUUCUGUAAGGCCUGGAGGCCGUUCAAAGGCGACUACAGAGAAGACCAUGCUAUCUGACAGCUCUAAAAAAGUUACCAAUGGCAACCACUCAGGGAGAAACACUACCGAAGCGACUAAACGUUCAAACCACUCUGAAGGGUCUCUGAGUAAUAAAGUGACAACGGCAAAGAGCCUCAAGGAGGAUACCAAACGUACCGAUCCUGGAACUGUUAUUAAUGGUCAUUCUACAGCGAAGAAUACCACUCAGGCAACUAGACCCUCAGACGGGAAAUCCACGGGUGUAGAUGGCUCGGGAGAACUCAGUAAUCACUCAAUGACGACUACUAAAGGAACUGAGUCAGGAGAUGGUUCCAAAGUUCGGGCUAGCGACGACCAUUCGCCGACGAAGGGCGCUAAACAGGCCACCAGGCCUAUAGGCCGCUCUGAAGGGCCUUCCACUAGGGACUGGUCAAAGACAAAUAGCACCAGAAAGGACAGCAGGGAUACCGGUAGUCGUAAGACUACGAUAGACAGGAAUUCUACAGCAGAGAGCGCUACUGAAGCAGUUCAACCUUCAAAAGGUACGGGGACACCCAGGAAAUCUGGUGAUUCUGCAAUGAGCACUACUGAGGAGACUAAGCUGGCUGGCGAUCAUUCAAAUGCAAAGGAUCCUACAAAGGCUACCACGAGUAUGGACCACUCUGAAGGGUCUCCAGUGAGUGACCGGUCACCGGCAAAGAAUACUAGCCAGGAUAGCAAGUAUGCCAAUGGUCCUGGGACUUUGAUAGGUAGGAUCUCUACAGAGAGACUUGCUACUAAGCUCCCCGAACACAAUACAGAAUCUUAUGACUAUAAUUAUAACUAUAAUUAUACGUACCCUGAAAUUUCCUCAGCGAGGAAGACCACGGAGUCAGCUGAGCACUCGGAAGGUUCCGAGAAACCCUCUGGAGGCAGAGAAUCGCCCACGAAGAACACUACAGAGGCGGCUAACCAUACUAACAUCACCUUCAAGCCUGAGAAUGGCAAUAGUUCAUCAACGAAGAGGGCCGCAGAGGCUACUGGUGGUGCUCUACCUUCUAAAGGGUUCGCUACAACCAGGCGUACAAACACUUCCAUCGAACCCGGCAAUACGCAGUCAGAGUACGCGACUGAGGUGUCUGUCCAUACAGAUGGUUCUGAGGACUCUGGAAAUGGCAUUCAUCCAACAGUUAGUCAAGCGGCUGAGGGACAUAGCCAUGGAGGUGGGUCCGAAAGACCCAGUAUCGGUAGUUUCACAGUUUCAAACGGUGCUAUCGGUGCAGUUGAUCAUCAGCAUUCAUCUAAUGAGCCUCACAUUGAAGGCUUAAUGAGAAAGACCACCGAAAAGCAAGAAGUUCGAAAUGAAAGACGCGGCGACGAGGAGCACUCGACAGCAAGCAUCACUGCCGUAACAGACAAGCAGCAGACAUCCUCUGAAAAACCUCCUCAUGGAAACCAUUCAGCGACCAAAAGCGGCGCUAGGCAAGGUGAACGAGAAGAUGGAUCGGGAACGACUGAGAAAGCUAGAUCUGAUAAACUUACUCAUGAACGGAACAACUCAACAACAGAGAAAACUAGUGAGACGGCUUUGAAUGGAGCUAUUUUUGUUUCGACCACUCCUGAAGCACCCUCCAUGGGAGGGGUUGUCACUAGUCCCAUUGAGAAGGAGAGCAACUCUAGCAGACAACAUUUCGCCGAUUCUUUCACAUUAGCGGUUACUAAAUCGGUAAAUGGCAGAAAAGACGAUUUGGAAAGGUCCACCAAGGCCUAUUCUGCAGCUGUACAACGACAUUUCAUAAAUAGAAAUGGUAAACAAGACAACGAACAACAACAAACAACAGCAGCUCAUCUAACCAUGUCUCAUGAAGGCGUUUAUGGAAAAGGCAGUGCGGAUCACUUAACGACAAGAAGCAAACCUAGCAAUAUCGAUGCCCAGAAGGAUUCCGAAGGGUCCGAUGGCGAUGACCAUCCGUCAGGGAAGACCUCUCAUGCAAAACAACAUCUAGCUUCGGCUAAAAACUUAUCCGAUCAAAGUAACAAUCACGAUCUUGCAGGAAAUGAGUCGAGGAACCAUCCACCAAACAAGACAGAACAACCCUAUGGCUUACCGUUGUCGCCCUCGACCAAAGAAGCACUCCGUAAAGGAGCUAUUCGGGCUUACAAGACGAGUAUUUCCGUAGAUUUACCGCAUUCCACAACAGAAACGAUCCAUCAUAGGGGAGAAUAUCGGAAUGCCCCUAUUCAGACAUAUAAUUCCACGGUGAAAGUCGAAGUGACCACGGAACACGGGUCGUCUUCAGCCAGGGAUAUGGCACCUACAGUAAUUGCUCCCACGAAAUCUUCUGUUCCAACGAUGGAGGCGAAGUUAAGGCUUGGGCAUGAUUCUUCUUCUGCCAACAACACAACGUCUGCAGAACCUGCCCAUACAACACUACCUAUCAUGGCAAUGACAACUGCAAGGCUUCUGAAGGUUGUAAACGAAACCGUCACAUAUCUCCAGGAUGGCUCUGUGGUUCUUAUGCAACGGCUGUUCUAUUCAAAUGGGACUUCCGUCUACCGUAACAUUACGAAACUUGGCACAACGACAACAAGAACGUCACCGGAAUCUGUCCCUCGACCAACACCUACAGAGCACAUUGAAAAGCAACCACUGUCUGAAACAACGCCCAUAGUACCGAAUCCUCCAGGCGUUAUAUUCGGACCCAAAAACGAUUCAGGACAGUCAGUUACGAAAUGCCCUCAAAUCGAGGUCGACCUAUCGAACAGUAUCUCACCUCUUCCGAAUUCAACAGAACUCUCAGGUCCUCAGCUACCUGGGACGUUGGUUAUUCACAUGUGCUCUGUCUCGUAUGUAUUUCCAACGCUUCAACAGCCGUUGAAAAUCUAUGAGUGUCUAAACACUGGAGAAUGGACCGACAAUAACAACGGCGACAAAUGCGAAUAUGUUGCACCUCGUCGGAAGAACUCUGCUGAUCUGUAG